GUCAAGUCUGAAUAUUGGAAUUCUGAAUUCUGGCUCCCUCAUUCACUGAAACCAUGUGACCUUAGCAGAGGACAGAAUAAGCACACAUUCUGGUACCAGGAAGGAGACAAGAUUAUCCAGCCAGCAACCAUGGGACUUGUCCCUUCGGAUUUGACCAGCUUGGAGCAACACAACUCAGGGUUCUACGAGCACAGACGGAGUUCUGUGGUGCUGAACUUACCCGGACUUGAAGUGUUCCCCGGGGACCUUCUGGUGUCAGAUGGAGCUGCAGAUUACCUGUGUCAUCCACUUCUACUGCUGAACUCAGAAUCCAAAAAGCCAAAAUGGCCUUUCUCCAAGAGAGGAGUGGGGAAAGACAAGCACAAGCACCUAUCAGACCUGGAGAAUUGUCUCUCCUCCAUGAAGAUUACGGACUUCAGGGGCUAUGAGUUCUACAGCUUUAAGGACAAGACCUGGACUGAAGUCAUGGGAUUGUAUCCAAAACUUUCUACUGAUCAGUUGGACUUAAGAAAGCAGCAAGAGGCAGUGUGGGAACUGUUCACAAGUGAAUGCACUUAUUUCCUGGACCAUUUACUGGUUCUUAAGAUGAUCUUUAUGAAUACACUAAAAUACCUGCAAACUCGUGACUAUCUCCUAGACGUGGAUUCAUGGAGACUUUUUGCAAACUUGGAGGAAUUAACUCAGACAAGCCUCGAUUUUGUGAACAGUCUUUUUGGCAUCAUCAAGAACUAUGCUUCUGAGACUUCACCAUCGAUGGAUUUCAUUUCCGUGCUCACAAAGUAUUUCCGAGGGAUCCUCUGUCAGAGCCACCAGACGUACUGCCUGAAUUACUCAGCUGCUGUCUUUUAUCUUGAGAGCCUGAGGCAGAGAGAUGACUUUGGCAUUUAUUUAAAAUGGUGUGAGCAAAAUGAUCAGUGCAGACGGCUUCACCUGUCUGAGCUACUCGUGGCCCCACUACACAGGCUCACUCGCUAUCCAUUGUUACUGAAGAAUAUCUGGAAAAAGAGUAUGGACUCUACUGAGAAAGUCAUGAUCUACUCCAUCAAGGAAAAGGUGGAAAAGUCGAUCCGAGAUCUUGAAGGAAAAGUGAAGUGGCUUGACAAUUUCCAAAAAUUUAGACAACUGCAGGAGAUUAUAGUGUGGCCUCCACUGUGGGAUAGAGAUAAAAGGUUCUUCAUCCCAGAGUCCUUGAAGCACAUUUUUAAAGAACACAUGACAGAAAACGUCUUGUCACCAACCAACAGGCAUCUUCUUUAUGAAGGAAAAUUAACACUUGUAGAAAGUACAAGAUUCCUAGAUGUUUAUCUGUUUCUCUUUGAUGAUUUCCUCUUAGUUACAAAAACUAAGCGCAACAAAAAGAAACUUGGGAGUCCAGACACUAGUUUAAUGUGUCCUUCACUUACUCCUGAGCUGCAAACAGUAAUCAAAGAGGGUGGUUCUUGUACCGUGCUUGAUCAGCCCAUUCCACUGGAUAGAUUGUUAGUCAAAAUUAUUGAUCCACUCCAUGUGUCAGUCUUUGGGCUCAGAAAUGCUUUUCUUAUACAACAUGAAAACAGAUACCGACAAUGUAUAGCAGCAUUCUUAUUACAAGCCCAAACGGAAAACAUCAAAAAAACGUGGAUAGCACAAAUAACAACAGCAAUCUCUUGCUUCACCAAGAGUCAGGAAACCAAGAAAGUAUCUUUAUUCCCUUUGCCUACAGAAUCCUCUGAAAUUUAAAGGCUUAAAAUGAGGGGUGUACCUUUUUAGAUAUUAAGGUUUAAGGCCUCUUUCAUUUAAACUUUUAUAACACUUACCUAGUGAUGAGCUAGAAGGAAAUGUGCAUUUAAAGUCAGUCCCAGAUUUUGAGAAUUUAAGCUAGGAAGCGCCUCAUUAUAGAGGAGUCAUGACUGCAACAAAUUUGAACUCUGAGGAUUCUGACAAAGUUAUACUGAUAUCCAGAACACCUUCUGAUGUUUCAGUAAGGUUUGCAAGAGGCACAAGUGAAGAAUUGUGCCAUUAUCAUAGAAAAGGGUGACUGAUCAGAUUCAUGGAGUAUCAGUAGGAAAAUGACAUCCCAUCCACUGCUUGUGUCCAAUAUUAAUUCUAGCAUCUUACUUUUUUUGUAUCUAAGAUAAUGAAACAUUUUUUCUUAUGUGGCUUGUAAAUUAGCCUUACUGCUUUAUAGUCCUACCUCAGACACAAUCAUAAUUCUUUUGA